AUAAGUAACAUAAUUGAAUCUGUACUUUUGUCAUUAAUUAGUUGUAAAUCUAAUGGAGCUGAAAAUGAUGAAACAAUUGAUAAGGGGUCAGCUGAUACUGAACAAGACAAAGAAACUAUGAGUGAUGAGGCAUUUAUUAAUAAAGAAUUAUUUGACGAGUUAAUUCACAAGAGCUUUAUUGAUGAAGAAUCAAUUAAUGAGAAGCAAACCGACAUCAAACCAAAGAAAUUAUGA